AUGGAAAGCGACGAGUCAGAGAGGCAGAAAAAACUGGAAGCAGGAAAAGAAAAGGUUGUAAUUGAACCGCGUGACGUGGCUUUGCGCGCGAAGUUCAGAAACUACUUUGAUUGAUUUUGCAUUGAGCUCGUAAUAGCUUUUGGGUUAAGCAUCUUGUAUUUUAAUACCUUUCCAGCUCAAAAUGUUUCAGAAGAAGAAGUCGGGCACAGGCACGAAGAAAAAAAAGAAGAAAGGGACAUCUUCCACAAGCGGAUCUGGGCAAAGCCCUUCACCCGGGGGUAAAGAGAGAAGACGAAGAAGCACAUCACAAGAUCGGGGUGCGAAACCGCUUGCAGAGGUUGCAGCGGCCGGGGAAGAAAAAGGGGCCCACAGAGAAGGCGAAGACGUUGAGGUGGAGGAAAUUAGUCAGGCAGACACAGAUAGAGAUGCUCCGUCGAUCGCUUCAGAACUGGGAUCACCUAUUCCCUUUGAUGUGAGUUUAAUAACUUUGAAAUACAGUAUGCUAAUAUAAAGCAGACCGACCACAUGUGUUCAAGCAAUAUCGUCUCUUUUUAACAAAAAAUGAACGAAAUUGAAAAAAUUAUGAAGAACGCAGAAAGCGCUGCUUGUUAAGUGAAAUUCUAGUUGCAAACAAUAGUUUAACAUUUGAAGUCUGGACUCAUAAGCGUGAACUUCACCAAUAAUCUUUGGAGGAAAUCGACCACAAAAUUGACGAAUUUUGCGCAUUGAUAUCGAUACUUUCAUUUUAUAAGUGACAUGGAAGUAAUAUACGGAUUCUUCUUUUUACAGUGCAGGAAGUGUGAUUUACUGUCUCUGAGCUUCAUCUGAGGAAGCUAACAUGGAAAUUGGAUACGAGUGACUUCCUAAUUGUAUUACACGCAAAUUUCUUUGAUAACUUUAGUCCCGUUCAUAAACGAAAAAUCUCAUGCUGUUAAGCAAAGUCUUGUUGAUAUGUUUUGAAAAUGUCAGGUUUCCCCCUCAGUGUGACCUCUUCCAUUUAAAAUCAAAAUUUUGGUGUGGAAAGUAUGUGUGAUUCUCGUGCGUGGGCUAUCGCAUGACAACAGGGGACGCCGUCCGUAGUCAAUGACCUCAACAUGUUCAUAAAAUAUUUAAAGGGUUUACUUAAAUAAUACUUCGUUUGUUUUUAGGCUGAACAAGAGCAAAACUCACAAUCAGGAAGCUAUGUCAGUGGAAGCGAAUACACAAGCGGCGAAGAAUAUUCCGAGGUAUGAAUAUUGUUGCAUUCUUCCAUUCACCUGAGUUCAUAAAGAUCUUUUCACACUAUGCAUUGUUUGAAAGCUUUGUUUUUGUAAAGAACAGAGAUAAAAAGAGUAUAUGCUUCCGUCAGUCAAGCGUUUAAUGAAGACGCUCGCCAAAUGUUUAUAAAUAUAAAUACAUCUGUGGGAUAUCGGUUCAUAUUGAUAUUGCACGACGUUUAUUUUAUGGACUUUGAAAUUUAUGAAAUAGACAACUUCGCUGUCUUCGGUUUCAAUCAAAAAGUUUAAUCGUGACGCAAGGACAAAAAAGUCAAUAAUUAUCUAAUGAAAAUGGUAAUUAACACAUUUUGAGUUCAUAAAUACCCUUUCUUAGAGUCCUUUUUGGAUGUAAAUAUUGCCAACUUAUUUACUCGUAUCAACUCUAUUGUCUUGUGAGUAAUUUGUUUUAGUGAAGACAAAAUACACUUUUAAGUUUCGUUCUAAGACACGUUUCUUGAUAGUAUUAUGUUUAUUUUGGAUGCAAUUUAAGGAUAAACUGACAUAUAACCUCUUUCCUUGUCUAACACCUGCCUGAUUUUAACCCUGAUGUUUCAUAAUAUUUGCACAUACAGCUUUGUGCCUUCCGAAUACAUUUUCAUUAAAUUUUUUUGUUGCCAAAACAGUUUAAUAAUGUAAAGUUUGAAAACUCCCCAGGCAUUUUGUUUUGUUGCGUGCAAUGCAUGAAUGCAUGCAGCUGUUUGAAUUUUUUUCUUCAAAAAAAUACAAAUUUUGUGUCAUUCCUGUGAUGAAUUUUUCUCCUUUCAUGCAAAACCUACUAUUACUUUUAGGCUUUAUCAGAAAACAUGCACUCUUGGCAUUUUAUAUUCUCAAACUUACUAACAAUUCAUGUAAAGAAUUCAAAGUAACUAUAUCUAUUGUGAUAUUGGUUUCAAAAAUUUGGGAUUUGAGAAAAGCCACUAACACUUUGACUAAGUUGUUGCAAGAUUGUCUCUCUAACUUCUAAACCCAUGGUGUUACAAUUCAUAUGAAACCCCAUUGGCAUUUAUAUAUGGCUAUUUAUUUCUUGGGCUUUUAUAAAAUGAUAUUUGAAUAUAUUUGUUAGUUUUUUCUUUUGUACUGAUAGGAGUGAUACUCAUAGGGCUAAUAAUAAUAAUAAUAAUAAUAAUAAUAGUAAUAAUAAUAAUAAUAAUAACAACAAUUGACUUAAUUUUGAUCAGCUGUCAAUGCUCAGCCGACUGUGAUUCAAAUGGAGACUACUGUGUUGUCCAUUGAAACAUUAGUCACUGUCAUAAAGUCCUACAUGUAAUUAGAUUUAAUGGAAGAAAGACCAUCACAGUACUGUUAUAUUCAGUAUAUGAAAUCAACAUCCACUGCAAUAGCUAACAAACACAGCUGCCUUGCACUUGAUGUUGAGGAAUGGGAAGUUGCUGUAUUUACUGUAGGCUGCACCAGUGUUCGAUGUAGGCUGUGUUUUUGGGUCAUUGAUGUGGAAUAUUCUAUUCUGUUGCAAAAUGAAAUUAUCGUGGAGUCAUACUGAAAAGUAAAAAAAAGUUACCUCAUAUAAUUAUAAGUACUUCGAAAGCAGCAGGCAAUAAUAAAAUCAUCAAUGGCUUUGCUCAGGAAUAUCUGAGUGACUUGCUAGAAACUUAUGUCCCCACUCAUUCCUUGCGUUUUGCAACGCAAGGCUUUCUAGCUGUCCCCAAAUCCUUAAAUUCCACCUAUGCGGACUAAGCUUGUACAGUUGCUGCACCCAAACUUUGGUACAACCUGCCAGUAAAUAUUAGAGCAACAAGUUUCCUAGAUUCUAUUAAAAGGAAGCUCAAGACCCAUUUCUUUCAGGAUGCAUUCUUAUAGCAUUUCUUUAUAGCAUUUUUUAUAGCAUUUUUAGCAAAGCGUUUUGUAUUUUGUAACGUAUUGAUUGUAGUCUUAGGCUUUGACAGAUUUUUAUUUCUGUAAAUGCAUUGAGGCAAUGCAUAAUCUGUUCCAAACUGUAAUUAUUAUUAUUGUUAUUAUUUAAAGUAGAGGUAGAUUUUGUGUUGGGCAUCAUAUUAUAGUUUGACUCAGACCAUUUUUGAAAUGACCUAAUUUAAAAUACCAUGUGGGACAUAUGACCCACUUUGACUAAUUUCUAGAGUGACCACUGGUGCACCACAGAUGAAACUAAACUCAAGUAGGUCUGGGAAACAGUGCCAAAAUCCUUGUUUAGGGCCUCAACCUGUGUACCAGGAUUUGGGUACUCGCCAUGAUUGGCCUGUUAAAAAAGCCAUUGUCAAUUUGCCUGUCAGUUUGAAAAGGAAAUUGGAAAUGCACUACCUGUAAUUCGUUGAGUGCGUAGGGUGCGCAGAAAAAGGAUCUCAUUACUGCUUCACAGACAUUAUUAACCAGUUUUUGUACAUUUACUGGGUAUAAAUUCCUAGCUAUGUGAUUUGAAUUCUGUUAUUUUAAUAAUGAAGCUGUUGUAUUUGUGUCAUUCUACAGGAGGGUGGCCUAGACAGCUAUGACAUUGCUAACAUUGAAAGAAAUGAGCUAAAAAAUAGAACACAGGAACUGGAGGAAGAAUUGGCAGCCAAGAAAGCGGCAUUGAAACAGAUCAGCCGUGAAAAUGCUGACUUGAAGGGGAGGGUGGAGUUACUGCUGCAGGACCAGUCGGGAGCGUCAGUCAUUAAGGAACUCAGCAGACAGGUUGAGGAAAUGAAAGAAAACUUACAAACGAAGCAGUCAAUUCUUGAAGACAUCAAUAAAGAAAAUCAAGAUCUGAGAACCAAGCUGGAGCGUAGCGAUCAGAGUAAAGGGGUGUCAGGUGAUGCGCAAACAGACGAGUUAAAGGCAAAGCAGCUGGCUUUAGAUGAAUUAAAUACGACAAACCAAAGACUUCAAGCUGAAAUUGCCACCCUGAAGAAACAAUCAUCAACUACUCAAGAAAAUGGUUUGCCAAAUGAUUUUCUGGAGCUAGAGAACUUGAGAGAGACAUUGAGAUCCAAGGAGGAAAUUUUGGAGAAAGUUCAGAAAGAAAACAGCGAGUUGAACUUGAGACUAAAAUCGUUAGGUGUUGAAGAAGGUGCUAAGGUCAAAGAAAGAUCUAAUAAAGUGGACGAGCUUUCAAAAAUGCUAUGGGAGAAGGAGAGUGAGAUAGGUAACUUGCAACAUUUAAAGGCACAACUGGAAGAGAGACUUGGAAGCUUACAGAAUGUGCAAAAUGAACUGGAGGAAAGUAGACGACACUGCGCUGCACUUGAAGCUCAACUGGCUAAUGUUAGUGCAGUGGAUAACUCUAUGGAAGAAAAAUCGGAAAUGGAGAAUCUUCGAGAGAAUCUAAGACUUAAGCAGGAAACUAUGGAGCAGUUGAACAGAGAGAAUGAGGAUCUUAAACAGCGACUUAAUACUUUAGAGUCCACAGAUUUUAAAGGACUUCUCGAAGAAAGCUACAAGAAACUACAGCAGUUUAGUGAGGAGUCUGCUGCAAAGGAUGAGCAACUUGCAAAGUUACAGCCUGUUCAAUCAGAACUUGAGCAAAGUAUAGAGAGAAGCAAAGAGUUGGAACAACAAGUGUCUUUCUUGAAGCACCGGCUUGAAGUUGCGGAGGACAACUCUCUGUCGGAAUCUUCCCAGAUGGAAAACUUGAAAGAAAAUCUGAAACUUAAACAGGAAACUGUCCAACAGCUGAGCAAAGACAAUGAAGAUCUUCGGACCAGGCUAGAUCAUUCUAAUGAAGGGAACAAGCUACUGGAAACAAAACUUGAAGAGCUUUCCAGAGAGCUAGAUUCCAAAAAAGAGCAAGUAAAUCAAGUUGAAGAGCUGCAAAAUGAACUUCAAAAGAGCAAAGCUAAGACAGAUGAGUUACAACAAGAAGUCAUGAGGUUGCAGCAUGAGGUAGAUACAAUGGAGGACAACUCGCAGUCUGAAUCCUCAUUAAUGGAGAACCUCAAGGAAAAUUUAAAACUCAAACAACAAACUGUGGAACAACUUAGUAAAGAUUACGAGUUCAUGCAACAACAGCUGGCACAAAGCCAGGCUAGUUUAGUGGAAUUGUCGGAACAGUUGACAAACAAUCGGAAUGAACUGAAGACGGUGAUGAGAGAGAGGGAUGAGAAACUGAUGAAGGUCAUGGAUCAGUUUGCUGAGAAGGAAGAGGAGUUGGAGGAUUUGAGGAAGAACAAUGAAGAGAUGAAAUCACAACUCAAACAGCUGAGUAAUGAUGUGAGUAGUACAAUGUUUGAGUCUUCUUUCAACAUCAUGUUGCUCUUACAAUCAUGUGAAUUCACAAUAACCUUAUUACAUAUACCAUUCUUAUCAAAGUUAGGGGCUGUUUACUGUACAUGACAUCGAGGUGACUUUUGCCCUGAGCGAGUUCACUCCAGUUCCCUUUCAUGGCUCUAUAUUUGUUUACAUGAUACUACCACAAAAUGUCAUGCCGGCGCGCGUCACCCUGGUGUUAGUUCACCCUGGUUCUUGUACCAGGGCGAGAAUUUCACUCCAGUACGAAAUCUCGCAAUGGUAUCAUGUAAAUGCGAAACGAUCACAAGUUUCGGUGUGAAAUCGGUCUGCCAGUAGACUGGAAUGGGUAGUGCAUACAUGAUGUUUGCAAUUUUGAAUCACACAUGUAUUUUAUCAACAUGAAAUGUACCUUCAAAUAACGAGAUAUGACAUGACCCAGUCAUCAUGUAAAUGCGAUAUGAAAUCAAAAAGUCAUCCCAGUAUGAAAUUCGCGCUGGUGCGAGUUUCUCGUGUAAACGCCCCCUUACACCCUGUAUUGGGUAGGUUCCUGUUGUUGUGAAUGAGUGGGAUCACCAAUGACAUAGUACAAAGGAAUGAAAAGACACUGAGUGAACAGUACCCACAACACAAAACAAAAGCAACCAACAAGAGUGUCUGCAACACCAAGAAACGUUUAAGAACUCUACACCCCCUUCCAAAUUCAAUAACUUUUUUCUACGAACGACCAAACACAUAAUCAUAAUACAAAGAGUGCUCAAUCUUUGUUUACUGCUAUACAGAACCAAUACCAGGUGGUUUUCCGUUUACUCUCAAAGUCCAAAGUUUUACAGCUCUCUGAUUGCUAAGAUAACUGAAUCUUCCUCCUAUGCGUCUUUUAAAAAAAAGCUUGAAGAAUUUCUUCGCAAUAGGUGUUAACUUAAUAUUGCUUUAAGCUUGAGUUACUUUUAUUUUGUAAAUGCUUGUACUACUUUUGCCAGUCCAUAUUUUCAUUUUAGACUUGCUAAUUUUUAGUUCGGAGGAAACCUGAUUUUUUAUAAGCCCUGUAGUUUCUUUCACAUUUCCUUGCCAUCUGCUUCCUUUAAUUUUCUCUAUAAUACACCUUUAUUGUAAUGAUGUGUGAUAUGGCGAAUAUAUGUGAAUGAAUUAAUGAAAAAAACCCUGUGUUGACGAGUACCUGUUUGUGGUUUUCUAAGCACAAACUCCAAUAAGGAAAUUACUACCACAGAUUCAUUUAAAAUGUCUUGAUUUUUAAGCAAGUUCUCUUUACAAGUGCCAUAUGGAGAGAAUGAAGAAUAGUGUUGAGAACAUGGAGAUUGAUAUAAAAGCUUCAAUGUAUUUUACUCUCUUAACACCUAGGUUACCACUUAUCGCACCCAGUCUGAAGAACUUGCUGAAAGGCUGAGUACUUCUCAGGACCACUUGCUUGAGCUCCAAGGGAAUGUGGAAACUAGAGAUGAGAAAGUUCGAGAGUUGAUGCAAAAUCUAGCAGAUCAUGACAGCGAGCAAAAAAAUGUUAAACAUGAGGCUCAGAUGCAGACAGAAGAACUGACUGAACAGAUAAAGAUGUUGCAAGAGCAGUUAGUGGAGGUAAGAUAAAUUAUUCUGACUUGUAUUUUUUCUCCCCACUGGGCUGACAAAUUUACAUUACAAGGGUUGUCUUAUGAGUAAAGCAUAAAAUGAGGUCCAGUGGGAGGGGGGAUGGGGUGGAGAAAAAAGGUAAAGGAGGGGUAGGGCGUCAACUUUCCUCUGUUCUAUGCCUGGUCCUUACUUGUCUUGCUUCCCCUGUUGCUUUCAACUCUUGCCUUGUAGACUAUUGCUUUACUGUGUGAUCCAAAGAUCAAACAUAGGAUAUUAGACAGAACAUUUCAUGAACAUGUAAGAUGUAAUAGUUCCGUAGCUUAUGCUGGACUGAAGGUUGUAUCGUUAUCAGGCCAUAAUUACAGCGUUUAACAGCUAUAGUUCUUUUUAAAGCCUCUGUAGAGCAAGCUCACUGAUUGAAGGGUGGUGAUGGGGAUAGAAAUGUGUUCCAAUCCCCUAUGCCCCCCCCUCCCCCCAAUUCCUCCCUAAAAGCUGAGAGUUUAUAAGCAGGUUACAGAUUCCUGCCCAACUGCAAGCCAUGUUCUAAAUAGCAAAACUUGAAAACAAAUUUUCAUAGACAUUCUUGCAUCAUGUAAAUAAUUUUUCCACCCUCCCUGUUAAGUUCUUUGUUGAAUGUUUAAUCGCCAUGAUGCUAUAGGAUUUGAACAAAAACCGAACACACACACAACACGCUUCUCAAGGCAUUACAACACCAGCAACAGAGUGCCCGUGGUAUUGUGGGAUGUUUUUAUGUUCACUUCCGGUGAACUUAAACAACCUAGACAUCCGGUUUCAUACACUGCACUUCCGUCUGUUUGUCUUUCCUUUAGAGUGAUGGCAGCUUAAAAAUGCAACAGUCAGACAUGGACAAAGUGACCAAAGAGUUACAAGACACCAAAUCGGUUAUAGAAGACCUGAAGCACGAAGUAUCUGACAAAGACAACGUCAUUAUUGAACUGUACAAUUUAAAAGAAAAGGAUGAGGAGAACUACAAGAGUAGAAUAGAAGAACUUAACCAAGAGCUCCAAGACAAAGUAAGAACAAUUAAUCAGCUCAAUCAGGAACUACUCGACAAGAAUGGAACUCUUGAUCAACUAAACGGCGACUUCGAUGGUCUUAAAAGUGAGUUGGAAAGGUACAAGCACAGCGCAAAAGAGUUGGAGAAAAAUCUUGACCAAGCUCAAAAGUUCAAUGCCACUGAAGCGGAAAGACUUCACACAGAGCAUCAGGAAGAGUUGCAAGCCGUGAACUCGAAACAUCUUGCCGAGCUGGAGAAUUUAAAACAGCUGAUGAAUAUGCAACUGGAGGAGACAGGCCAGGAGGCGGAUAAAUCGAGACAAGAACAGAUGGAAAAGCUGAAGCAGGUCUAUGAGGGCGAAGUAAACGUUUUGAAGGAGUCACUCGAUAAGCAGAUUACACUGAACAAUGAUCUAGAACAGCAGAUGGAAAGGGUAAAAGAAGAAUUUGAAAAUAAGGCAACGAUGUUGAAAGAGAAAGAUGAAGCUUUAGAAGUGCUCAAGGGGCAGUUUGAAGAGCUGAAAAGUUCAAGCGCGAUCGAAAUUAAAGAUUUACAGAACGAGUUGAAGAAGAAGGUUAAAGAAAUAGCCGAGCUAGAGGACAACUUGUCGAGUUUUGAAGAAGAGCACACCAGCGAUGUAGCUCAGUAUGAACAGAAUUUACAAAAGCAGCAAGAACAAACAGCCGAGCUUGAGAAGCAGUUAGUGUUGGAACUUGGAAAUGAAUCGGCAAGAUACGAGCAGAAACUCGCUGAAACAAAAGCGCAGCUGGAGUCGAAGUACAAAAAAGCUGCGCAGCAACUUGUGGAGAGAGUGAAAGAUCUAGAGUCGGAAAAUGAGUCUCUGAGGACUACGCACGCUCAAGAAAUCGAAGCGUUUAGAGAGAAUCUUGUUGAAUAUACCAGUGGCUUAGAGGACCAAAUACGAGAAUUACAGGCAGGCGCGCAGGCUGAACACAAACGUGAGCUGGAAACCGUGAAGGCUGAACACGUUGAGGUUGUAGCAAAGUUGGAAAAAGAACUGAAGACUUUAUCGGAGCGUAAAGAAGCGCUCGAAAUGGAGCUUAAACCCCGUGCUGGCAAUGAGCAGACAGGAAGGGUGUCCGAGGAGGCAGAUAAGGUGAAGGAAGCUUAUGAAGAGCAGAUUCAAACGCUCAAGGAACAAGUACAGCACGAGCAAGAAAGGCGUGAAAAGGAAGUGGCAGAGGCAGCCGAUAGCAAGGAAAAAGAGUUCAUGGGAGUGAUUGAGGAAGUGCUCGAGAAACAUCAGUUAGAAGUUUCAGAGUUGAAGACGUACUAUGAAAAGAUUCUUCAGGAAACAGGCAAGUUUAGCGCUCCUUAGUCACGGUUACUUUUACUCAAAAGUUAGAACCACCUUGUACAGCGUAAAACACAGUACCACGGGAAAGUACUGCUUAUUAUCUUUCAUCGCUCGCCAUAAUUGGAGCGCUUGUUCGAAGGCUGACUUAAAAGCUAGAACCAUGCACCUUGCACGGCAUAAUAUUCAGGAAAGUAUUCCCCCAGAAAAGAAGUCUAUAGGUACAAGGAAACUGAGACAACUAAUUGAUUUACUUAUAUAUUUAUUACUAGUGAGUAACGUUGCCAUUGUCUUUGUGACAUCAUUCAGGUCAAGAACAGCAGAAAGAAGACCCCGCUGUUGUUUUUACUCAGCUGAAAUUAGAAAAGGAAAGAGAGAUCGCCCAGAUAAAGAAGCAACUACUCCAGGAGAGCGAAGAAAGAAUCGCUUCAACGCAAGACACACUGCUCUACAAAAUAACGAAAGAAGAAGAAGAAAACUUGCGUUUGCGAAGCAAGCUGACCGAACUGCAUAAGGACCUUUCUGAGGUUACCACAGAAAGAGACCGACUCUUGAAUGAGAUUCAGGUGCUCACAGAUACACACAGUAUGCUGGACCUAAGAUUGCAAGCCCCUAUGGAGUCCAACAUUAGCUCUGUGUCCAGUCAAGUUGUACACGAAGAACCGCUAUUGGUGAGACAGUCUGUAGAGGAGCUGGAAGUCUUACCGGGGACUGGAUUUGCUGAAGGUAUCUCAAAUUAUUGAGAAUUUCGGAAGAGACCCUUAGAUUCUAAGACGAGGAGGACAACGAGAACUAAAUUUUCUCGUACAAAACAGUGCGCGUGCGUGAAAUAGCGUUAUUUUGGCGGGAAAACGUGAUAGCCGUCAUCAUUCUUCUACGGGUUUUAGCGAGAAUAAAGAGUUUUAGAUUUGAGAACGAGUACGAGUAGGAGAUUUAACUUAAAGUUUUUGCGCGUUUUCUAAAAAAACAAAGACACCCCGGAAUGCUUCAUUUUACUCUUUUUUUUCCACCAAAAAAGUUAGUACGUUUUUUUUAUACUGAAACAGGUUAAGCCCUCUCCCGACAGCAAAAUGAUAAAAAUUCUUACAUUUGAUAACUUGUUCCCGCCACUACGACAUUCUUGCUAAAACUCGUCGUAGAGUGACGGCGGCUAUCACGUUUUCCCGCCAAAAUGACGCUGGCUCAGGGGCGUGCACUACUUUAGAAUUGAGAAAAUCUCGUACAGUACUCGUAGUCGCCCCCUGCCUCGAAUCUAAAGCUCUAUAAUGCCGUAGUGACGAAAACAAGUUAUGUUAGUGAUCGAAUGUUAGGAAAUUGAUUGAUCAUUUUGCGCUGGAGAGAGUGCUUAACCUCCUUCAAUAAAAAAAUGACCGAGCUACUCUUUCCAUGAUGUCGGUUUUUUGAUAAUACGCGAAAAAUCAUCGUUCUCGUCCUCGCGUCUAAAGGUCUCUGUUAUCUUGGUGUUGUAUCAGCUUGUUAUAUUUAAUGUUAAUUUGAAUCUGGGAGGGGGGACAUUUUAGUAGCCUAAGGUACAAUGUUUAACCGAAUUUCUUUCGUCACACUGACGUUAAAAUGUGCUGUUCAGUUGAAGGUCAAUCUUAGGACUUUAUCUACGGAGGGUAGUGACCCUAGAGUUGUUUUUACAGGCUUGGCGUCUGAAAUUUGUAUAUGAACCAAAAUAGCUGUCUUUAAUGUAGUAAAUGUGUUCCUGCUCUUCUUUCAUAUUAAAAAUAAUUCUUGCCUCACCCUUUUAUUCAAAGAAACAUCAGACCAAUCCGCCUCUCUUGCGGCCAAGCUCAACCAGAUGCAAGAAAUAGUCCGGCAGAAGAAUAAAGUUGAGCUCAAACUAAGCCAACAGCUUCAGGAAGCUAAAAGGGCGCUGGAGAAAGAGAGAGAGAACUUCAUAGUUGAGAUGAACGAACGAGAAGCCCGAGAGAGGGCCCUGGAAGUCAGCAAACGACAACUGGAGACGCAACUGACCGCUGUGGAUAGAGAGAACUACGAGUCGCUUGAAGAGCUGUCUCUCUUGCAGGUUUGUGUGUGUGAAAAAAUGCGUAGGGUAGUUGAAGUAACUAGAGUUGACCAGCAGUGAUUAUAUUGUUCGGGUUUGUGGACCACUCCAGUGGGCCCUUAACAGCUUAACAGUCAUACUGGCGCGGCUAGCAUGUGUGCCGGGUUGUUGUCACAACGUUUUAUAAAUCUUUUGCUUCUGUUUGGAUUAGCGAGGGGAAAACGCGAACAAGCAAGUGCAAGCAACGUGCGAGCGUGUGACAAUUAAUUUUUUUUUGUUUUGCGGAUUCUGAUUGGUUUAAAAAUUAGCUAAUCGCGAGACGUAGUAAAGUAGAACAAUUGACCACUACAAAAAAUACCAUAACAUACCAUAAUGCUCUUUGUUUGUCACCCCAUAAUUUUGCAUAAGCAUUGUUUUCAGUUUCUCUUGGGGCAAUUUUAACUCCCAUUUUAACUGCGACAUUAUCGUGGAGCUUAAAAUACCACGACGGCGAUGGUACGCGCGGAGAAAGAAAAGAUAAUCGUCCUGUUGUGUGAACGUCAUGAAACGAGAAAGCAGGAAAUAUCACGUGUUAGUCGUGCAGUGACGGCAAAGAAAUAUACAAAAACUAAAAGUGUGCUGCACGUGCAGAGCUGCUGUUUUGCUUAUCAAAGUUCUUGGUUUUUGAACGUUCUCGUCGCCUCCGCCGUCGUUGUUCCUUAAACUCUCUAUCCGUUUUCGUCACUCAAUUGAAAACAAGUGAAUAAGCAAGUGGAAUUUUGUGUGACUUUUAAGGAACGUCUUCAAGAGAGGAUACGGGUGGAAAGCGAACUACGGGAAGAGAAAACCCGAUUGUUGAACGUGGUUAAAGAGAAGGAAGGAGAAUUGGCCAAGGGGAGAAACGAGUUUACAGAUAGACUACAACAACAUGAACAAGUCAUAGAGGUAAGUACUGCUUUUCUUCUGGUGAGUUUUCAAAGCUGUAAGGUUAAAAAAAAAAUUAUUUUGGGGACUUGUUAUAGGUGGUUUUCACGUUACGUCAUCGCUGCCAUGCCGGUGGACGGUAAACAAAAGAUCGCUCAUUAAGUCGCUUUGUUUGUCCACCAGCAUUUGUUCAUUUCACCAUUGUUAUUUGUGUCUCCCGAGAUGGCAUGAAGACCACCUAUACCUUCUGUCCUGAAUUCACCAAAGAGGCGACGCUCUUAGUCGAACGUUGCAAGUGAAAAAUCGUGCGGUACAGCAAAACGGUGAACGUAUUAGCCUAACUUUCUGCGUACCUGCAAAAAGUGUGUUAGGCCCAGGUAAAACGUCGAACUUCAAAUGUCAAUGUUUGAUCCGGGCCUAAGCCGAGUGGCAUUCGUAUGCGCAAUAUUGCCGUGAAAUAAAUAGACCUCUGUAGCUUGAGUGUUUUGUUUUCUCAAUGUUUGCCGUUUGGUAAUAGUCAAAGGAAAUGUUUCUUUUAAGUUUUUAUUUUAUUUAAGUGCUUGUCUAUGCAUCAAUCAGUUGUUCGAUCGAUCAAUCAAUCAAUCAAUCCAUUAUUUACCCAUGUAAAGUUGAAUCAACUUAAAACUCGUUCAAAGUACGUAACUUAACGGUCGUUGAAAAUACGUAAUUCCCCUCAGAACAUCCUAUAACCUACAUUGGGAGAACAAAACAUACAAAGUUAUGAGUUAUGAGGGCUACUAUGAGCUGUAACCGCCUACUAUCAUCUGCUCUAAAAAGACCCCCGCUCCCUAUUCCAUGUUGCUAAAUUCUGACAACCAACGUGUAUAGUUCUGGUGUUACCUAAAACAGCAUUUCAAGAGGGUACGGAGGAGUAAGGCAAUUCACCGGCCGAAAUGAAUGUCAGAAUGUCAGGAUUUUAGGUCCUAAUUCCUUUUUUUCUCAACAAGUUUUGUCCAAGGUUUUAGCACUGUCUUUGUUUUAUCGCAGGAGCUUCGUGAAAGAAUCUCGACAUCCGACUCGGUAUCGGAUGAUGUACAGGACGCAUUUGGUCGGCAGUUACUGGUGUUACAGAAUCAGAGAGAUUCACUUCUACAGCAACUGGAACAGCAGAAGAAAGACGGCACUUCUUAUGUGGAUAUAUUGGAAGAAAAAAACGCUUUAGAAGAUAGCUUAAGGUAGAGAACAGGGUUCUUUAGAAAAGCUUUCAGUCUGUUGAUUUGUUUUGUAUAAACAAGACGCUGUGGUAGUGUGUAUCUCGGCUUUUUACAUGUUCCCUAAGCCUUCGUUCAUUUUGGUCAGCAAAAAUAUUUAAGCAUGCGCACACAGCGUUCGGUUGGCACUGUUUGAGUAUUGUGCGCAAAGUUUCAGUUUCAAUUAAAAUUUAUGAGCCUGCCAUCACUCAGCGGGACAUGACGCAGGCGCAUUUGGGCGAUUGACGAUGCUAGUGCAGAAGUACACGUGGCCUUUCCACAGGAGACCCAUGUAAAAAAAAAAAUAAUAAUCUAAAUUUGUUACACUAUUAGCAUCCUUUGACUGCCGUCAAGAUUCUCUACGCCACAAUCGUGGAGAUCGAUUUCUGCGUAGUUCUAGUUUUAUUUCCAUAUCAGAUCCUUGCUUAUUAGUAAUUUGUUGAUUUUCUUCAGACUUGAGCGUGAAAGGCUUUCGGAAAAGCUUCGCCAGAAGGAAGUUCUUGAAAGAGAACUGAACCGCGAGAGAGCUUCGCUGCAAGAGCAACUGAUCAAGCAGGCUAAACUGAACGAGAUCAUCAGACAAAAGGACUUGUUUGAAAAAGAACUCAGAAAGGAGAAGAAUGAACUGCAGGUCUGUAAUCAAGAGCUUUCCUCUUCGUUCACCUACUUACUGUAACUUGGCAUCUCUUUUAUUUAUUUUCAUAAGUGCGCUCGACGAUUUCUAGAGAAAAUAGAGCGUCUGGCAACAGGCUAAAUUUCAAGUGUUAGGCUGCUAAAUAAAACAGUAUUUGGAGAAUUAAAUGAAGGAUGAUCAUCGCAGUUGUAUACGCAACUUUUGCAGUUGCGAAAAGAAAGCCAGAAAAAAAUUCAGACUUGUACCGGAUUCGAACCCUUGACCUCUGCAAUACCGGUGCAGCGCUCUACCAAUUAAGCUACCAAUAACUGCAAUGAUCAUCCUUCAUUUAAUUCUUCACUCCACAGUUCACAUAUAUGAUUUUCAUCUAUUCAAAACUUCAGAAUUUGAAGUGUCCGAUAUUACCAAGUUAAAGAUAAUUAAGAAAAAGUUCUCAGGAUUUGACGGCGGUUGAAUUUGGUAACCAAACAUUCGCGUUGCCGAAGAUUGUGUUUCCUUUAUCCAUCGGAGCGUAUACGAGGGCCUCUGAGAUGAAACGUGCGAUAGAUGUCAACUUCCGGCCUAUUACUGGGUGGAAGCUUGUAAAUGGUGCCAGGGGGAAGAGGCUUAUAAGUGGGGCCGGGGGAGGGGCUUGUAAGUGGGGCUGGGACAUAGGGGCUUACAAGGGUCAGGGGAGGGGGCUUAUAAGUGGGGCUGGGGGAAGGGUCUUGGGGGCGGGGAGGGGCUUAUAAAUGGGGCUGGGGGAGGGGUUAUAAGUGGGGCCGGGGAGGGGCAAAUAAGUGGGGCCAGGGGGGGGAGGCUUAUAAGCGUCGGUUUAUGGUGUCUGCGAGUUUGAAAGGGUAGUGUUUUUUUAUUGUUCAGGUUGAGCUGGAGGCGAUUGAGAUCAAACUGCUGGACAAGGAAGAUCUACUGUUUAGGGAAAAAGAACGCCUUGAAGAGGAGAUGAAACAAAAAGAACAGCAGAUACAAGAAUGGGAACAUGAGUUUCACCAGAAAGAGAUGGAAUUCCUGAGCAAAGAAGAAUACAUCAAAGAACAGUACAACAAGAGCUUGUUGCAGACCAAAAGUCAACUGGAGAACCAGUACUCUAGCUCGAUGGAACAGCUACGGACAGAUCUGGACGAAGACUAUCAGCAGCAGCUCAGGAGGCUGGAAGACAACCUGAAUGUUCAUUAUGGCGCUGAGAUUGGUCGUCUAAAUUCUCGUCAUCAGGAACAGGUGCUGUGGUGAAUAUUUUAGGCAUGCAACUAAGUCAGUUAAAGGCUUUUUAGCGCCCGAAUUAGCCAUAAAUAAGUAACAAAACAUUUGUCAAAAUGACAUGUCAUUGUUACAGUAAAAAUGAAUGGUCGCAGACUCAAAGAACUAAAAUAGUGGACCAAGACCACGACUUAGAAAACAGGACGGGGCUAAAUGAAUAACUUUUAUGUAGAUUAUUGCAGUGGGCCUAGUUUUGUGAGGUUUAGUGAGAUUCAAAGAGUUGUAAGACUUAUUCAGACCCAAAGUGUUGUUGUUGUUUUUUUUGAGAACAAAUUUAUUAUGUUGGGUCUAUAUAAGCUCGGGUGGGUAACUUUUUUUUUUUCAAUCAAGGUAGCACUUAACAGAGAUAUCCGUCGCCCAUCUGUUGAUAUACUAGUGUUUUUGCGUUUUUAAGUUCCGCAUAAGAUUAUUUCGCGUGUUGGUGUUUGACAUUUUUUGCCUGUUUGUUCCUCUGUAACUUCUUAACUUGCUUCUGUAGGUGUUACACAGCACAGUUUUGUAUUUUGGAAACUGUUUUGCUUGUAUCUCUUUUGCAUUGACAGAGUUUAUAUUGAUGUUAUAUACGUCAUGUUACAUAAAGUUUGUGUCUUAUGUAAAGUUUUCUUGUCUUGUCUGAGUGAACUAGGGCAGCCGCCUACCUUUCUGUGAUUGGCUCAAUGAAUUCCCGCGCUUGGAAAAUACCAUUGACUUUCUUAUGAUCGUAAUUCGGGCAAGCCACUUUGCUCGCUUGGUAGUUUUCCAUGUCUUAUUCAAACUGCUCUAUCAACUGUUAUUACAAUUAAAGUAUCUAAAAAGAAGUAAGAAAAAGAGUUUAAAACAGUUUUAGUCGAGGGCAUUUUGUCAUAGAGAUAGUUACCUGCCCAUAGAAGUUUUCUACGUCAAUCUAGCUUUCCAGUGUCUAUGAUAAGCUGCGUCGUUUUUUAUUCAAAAACGUUUAAUAGAACUUGUAGUGCAUGUUGGAUGCCCUCGUUGACUCAGAUCGUCAAUAAAAAUACUAAAUAUUAAACCUUAAUUUAGGAAAAAAUUAGGCAAUAUCUAAAAUUUCUUAUUUGUCACAAAAACAAUUAGCGGAAAAAGAAAUGAUAUUCAGAGGUUUAUGUCAGGAAAGAUUAUAACUGAAUAUUUUUGCACUAAUGUGCACUCAAAUGUAGUAUUACAAAUGAAUAUUUUUGGCACCAAUGUGCGUUAUGUUUAGUCGAUAAUUAGAACAGUAAAUAAAUGAAUGGAAAUAUAUGAAAUUUCUGAAUUUAGGGAAAAGAAAGUAAACUUUCAGUUUUAAAAAAUAAAUCUUGUUUGGUCUUGUAAACUGUCCACGAAAACUUAGGAAUGUACUUAGAGGUGAACAAUGUUAGCUUAGUUUUUCUCCUCAGACAGAUUUUUUGCGAGAUCAAACGAAAAACAUAUAAAUAUUAAUAGUUUAUUAUGAGAUAGGCGUUAAUAAUUUUAUAUCGUAUUGUUUAAUUUUAAAUAAAGAGGUUUUUCGAGAAAAAAGCUUUAUAACACUUUUUUCUAUCGGCGCUGCCCCUUCACUCAGACAUUCCUAUUCUUUUGUGUUUAAUUUUGCAAGUUUUGUUUUCUGUAUUUUGUUUCUCUAAUUGUUUAUUUAAUUUCUCUAUUUUAAUGUUCCUUGAAUCCCUAAUUAACGUUCUCUGUUCGUAAAAGCUACUUGCGUACUGAAAGUUUUUGUUUGUUUGUUUGUUUGUUUUUGCAUUUCUGUUAGCUGUUUAUUUUUACGUUGAGUGUUGGUAUCCAAAAAUCGGAAAGAAAUAACUGACGCAGACAUUGCAAUGAGCCAAUCAAAAUUCGAAGCAAAUGCUUCUAUCGGGCGCCUAGCGCGGAAAAGUGCUUUGGCCAAUCAAAUUCGUAUAAAUCACGAAACUAAUAGGCCACUUCUGAGUUCCAAUAACCCUCACUUUCAAAAUGAGGCUAGGUGCAAAAUCUUUCUUGUGAAAAUGAGUUUUAUUUGCAUGAGAAAGAAAAAUGAUUUCCAUAUCAACGGCUGAGCACCUAUCCUCGUUUUGAAACAGAGGCCCACGGGAACUCGGAAAUGGCCUAUUUUGAAUUUAUUGAACCAAUCAAAACUCGAAGCAGGUGCAUGCCGCCGGUCCAAAGGGCGGGAAAAGGUUUUGGCCGAUCAGUGAAACGCAAAAUUACUUUCGGAUCCAAUAAACCAAUCAAAACUCAAAGCAGGUGCGUGUAGUUGGCGAUACGCACGUGAAAAUGUUUGCAAGCAAGUAACGAUUGAGUUGUUGUUACCUCUGAUUGGUUGAAAAAGUGGCGCGAAAUGUUUCAGCCAAUCCCAUUACGUGGCAAUACAAAAGCAAAGCAACUCAGAAUUAGUUUCGAUACUUAGUUACCCUGUCGUCACGAACAAUGAAGGUUUACAAAACUUAUGAUAUUAUCGAAACUGAAUUUGACGUAAGAAACUUCCUGAGCUUGUGCUGUAUGACGUCGGCGGUGCUGUGGAGCCGUGUACAGCUGACUGAUUUUAAUGUUCGUCACAUUGUAUAAACAUCUAAUUUUGGCAACAAAACAUGCAAUUAUACUUGUAGCUGUGCACCAUUCACCCUGUUUUAGCAAACGGAAAAUAAAAUUUGUAUUAUUGACCUAGAAAAAGUCGCGUGACAGGAGCUAGUUUAAAUCUUGAAAAUACACGAUGUUUUGCUCAUCAUGAGCAAAGCGUCUUAAAAUGUUCUCAGAUAUUAUCUGUGAAAGUAGUACUUUUAGCAUGAUAAAUCCGAAAUGGUGUUCUGUAUUAUUAUCGUGUCUGUUUUUGUUUCCAUGUGAAUUGAAAGUUGCGUGAAUAAAUGUAAACGCAGAAUAAAAAUAUUAACUCUUCGUGUAUUAAAAACUUAAUUUACAAAAUCAGGUUUUGUCUUUCGAAAUAUAAACAGUAACUCUUUGAAUCGUCUCCUACUGUACUGUCAUCAUCAGUAUUCAACUGUUUCUCGACAUCUGACACCGGUUGCCGGGCGAUACAUUUCCUCUUUUCGAAAGUGAAAAAUUAACGUGAUUCUAAGCAAAUAUUAGGCGUCAAUAUCAUUUGCCGCUUAACUUUUAUAAUAUCCGUUCGGUUGUAAGCCGUCACGUUUUAAUGUGUACUUCGAGGAAUAGUGGCUUGUAUUGUUUACUGUACAUGAAAUUUGCAAAUCGUGUUUCGCCAGUAGAAAUCUGGGACGGGCCAGAUGCUAACGACAAGUCUAUUAAGAUCAAGUUAUUUUUAUUUAUUGCACGAUUGGGCUGGACAAAAGCCGUUCACCGCUUAUUGUGUCGCUGAAAUCCACGUAAACGAGUUUCAAAGAGAUUUUAACCGUUACGCGUGGUGAUUUGGGUAAAAUCUACCGAUGGAAUGGCACGAAUUAUCACUCUGGAUCGUUGAUUCACUUCUAGAGCGAGACUGCUUCAAGGUUAGCCGUCUUUAAAUUUAUUCCCCUUAACAAAAGAGAUCUAAAUUUUUGGCUAUAUUUUACUGUAUGUUAAUUUCUUUCUAUGUCGCAUAUGGAGGUUGUGAUAUUAUUGCUGUUUUGUUUUAGCUAUUAAAAGUUAGUUGUAUACUUAGGUACAAAAACUUCAGAGAGGUCAUCGCAUUUCCUUAUCUACAUGAACUUAGCUAAAUAAAUUCGGUUUUUUCAGAGUUAUUUGUGGACAUAAAAUAUUUUGAGCCAGCUCGAUAAAAUCAUAAACAUAUUUUGCCUUUCUCUUUGUGCCGGAAAUCUUUCGAGCGUGAUAAAGUUUAAAAUAACUGGAAUAGGGCUCUCGUAUCCAGCGAAGGUCAUAGCAUAUAUAUUUUUGAUCUGUGUUAUUUUGUCCGUAGAAAAUGUGAAUUUAUUACCAUCUGUUUCUACCAACCAAUCAGAAAUCGCGAGAGAACGCUAUACCAGUUAGGCACCUGUUUUGAUCCGUAAAUGUCAUUGGUCAACAAAGUUUAUUCCGACUAAACACUGACAUCCGUUACAUGGUGUUUCGCGUGUCACACACUGCUUUUACAAGUGCCCUUUCGAUCUAUUUUCCAACCGCUCUUUUUCAUUUCAUUUCACUUUCUAUUUUGCUUUCUUGAUCAGCGUUUUAAGUUACAAACUUUUUUUGUUUAUAAAAAUACCCGUUUUCAAUAACAUUCGGCCCUCACUGUGGUUUACCCCGUCCGAUUUGUUCCCAUGGAGUAAUUUGAAAGCGACAAUACCGCUUGUUGCUCGUACAAGUAAACAAACAAGUCAUCUGAAAAUUAAAGUUAUUGAAUUUUUAAUCCGUAUAGCUCGUCUUUCUCACUUCGUAUGUUCAUUGGCUACUUUUCUCACGCUAGCGCGUCCCAGAAGAGCGUAAAUUUAUAAACGCGUUAAUUACCUGAGGUUUGUUCGGGUUGAUCGCUCGAUCGCACAAAGCCUGAAUCUUCUUGGUCUUCUGUUCUGCACACUUGAACGCUCAACACGCGAAAAUUUGUAAACACUGAAAUAUUUCAUUAUCAUUUUUAUAUAAAGAAGGCUGCUACCUCUUGCAAUCCUCUGACAAGUAAGUUGUAUUUGACCGGUCUUCACAGAUCAUAGUUUUAGCACUAGGGUAGGUAAUCGACGGCGAUUCAGUUUUAAUCUUUGAUGCGUAACCAUAUCCUAUAAGUAUUUCCUUUUGUUCGUGUUUGUUGUCUAAGUGCGUCGAGUGCAGUCAUGUUGUCAAAUGAAUGGAUGUCACUGUAUUUUUCUCUUUAUUUCUUGCAUGUAUGUAAAGCUAUGAUUAUUCUACCAGCCCAUCGCAUUUGCGCGUCUGUUUAGAGUUUGGUUUUUCUAUGGUUACUUCCUAAUCUUGCAACGGUUUUUACGCCCAAGGCAUAAUUGCAAAGUGGAUGUAUUAGAACUCACUUCUGGCAAUUAACUCUUUAGGCUGAAAGCAUAAAGUCUACCUCAUCGAUCUGAUUUAUUUUUUAAUGGAAUAGGACAACUCAAUUUUAGUGUCACGAUUCGCUUCGGUUAAUCUCCUUUUGCUAAACUUGCGUGCUUGUUGAGCGGAAUGACGUGCUACAAGUGAGACGAUCUUCGUUUGAUGCGUACUUCUCUUUCGCGAAACGUUUAUCGUGGCGGUGAGCGAUGGAGACAACCGUAUUCGCAGGCUAGAGUUGGAAAACCGCUUUACGAAUGCAUGUCAACAUGAUCUUUUGUGAAAUUUGUGAAUGUAUCGUUAGUUUUUGCAAGAGUGGGACUCCCAGGAAAUUGACAAAUUCUACGCUUACAGAACUCCUCCCAUCUAAAUGAUUACCUGCGCGUUCUUGGCUUUGCUUAUCGUAUUUUGCUUGUGGUUCACUUUUAUAUAGCUUCUAUCUAUAUCCAAUCCCUUAUAAUUUUGCCACUAAUGACUUCUAGCCUCUAUCUUAUUUUUAUCGCACAUCAUGGCAAGCUACUUAUGUGUGGGAUUUUAUCGAGCUCGUUAUUUCGCUGUCAUGUAGAGUUGUGGUGUACAAACCGCUCUCUGUUUCGUGUGAUAUUUUUUUUUUGCUCUAACCCUAUUCUUUGUCAAUGUUUCUGUUGAUGGAAAGGGUAAAAUCUCUUGAUUUUAGACAAUUUCUUUGGAUAAAUGCCGCAUGAAAUCGGCAGGCAACAGUGGAAAAUAUAUGCUUGUUGAUGGCAGGGGUGAAGGGUUAAACACUCGUCGUAUUUUUUCUACUAAGGUACCUGGCUAGUCUUUCGAAUUGCGGUUCACUUUUAUGCGUUAAAACCUUUUUUGUUUCUUCUUAUGUUACUCUUACUUUGAUCAGUGGGUGUUUCUUUAGCCUCAACAACGCUUGCUUAGCUAAAGACAAAAUGCUACGAAAGGGUUUAAGAUAAGCUUUCUAAUUAGCAAGCAAAAAUGACGCAAAUUUUUGAGCAGGUGUUUUGUCAAUAGUGUAUCACUCACUUCAACAUUUUUCAAAGUGGCGGUACAAAGAAACGUAAAAGUGUUACUGAAAAAAUAUCCCAGUGAUAUCUGAUCACGUCUGAAACAAGGACUGCUCCGAUAUGUUCUGAUAGUUUAACGUUGUACUAUACAAACUCUUCAUUUCACUCUCAGAGACAAGACUUGAGACGUAUUUCAAUUACUUAAGUCUGUAGGCGAAAUCCUGAUAUGAAAUUUUUUCAGCAGUACAUUCACAUGUUGCUGUUUUAGCUUGUUUUUGUCAGUAAACUAAGUGUGUUUUGCUAAACACUGUCAAUACUUUUUGUUACUAUAAGCGUUUUCAAUGUUCCAAGGUUAUCGUUCAACUUUAGAAGCUUAUUUUGGGUUCUGGGGCCCAACGAUGAAAUAAAUGUGGACGUGCGACUUCUUUUUUGACCGGGGUUGAUCUUGUUCGCAUUGGCUUGUAAGUUAAGCAGUUCUUUUUUGAGCUAUUUUUUGUUCGAAAGCUGCGCACUUGAUCAAAGGGUUCCUUUAAUCUUCGAUCUUUUAUUCGCCGAAACUGUGCUCCAACGAAACUGCAGCUACACAAUUUAUGGGGUUGAGCAACUUGUUUUCGGUAAAAUUUUUUUUUUCUCACUUUAUGCAUUAUCUAAAUUUAUUUUACACAAAACUGCGCAACUGAUUCCUUUUCUAAUCGAGAAGUAUCUGUUUAACCAAAGAAUCCCGGGUAGCUUGUACUGUAUUGUCUUGUGCGAUGAAUUACAAGUGUUAAGUACAUUGUGUAAAACAAACAGCUAACAAUAAAAACUGUCAGAACUUAAACACGCUUGCCACUCUGUCGGUAAACAAAGAUGGCGUCCCCUAAAUGAAGGCUUUGUGGCCUUGUACGUGGUACAGAAUUUAGGCAAUCUGCUUUUUAAGGCGCUAUUUAGUCUCCCGUUUCAACGAUUUUCUUGAAAUCUUGACGGUGUAAUAUCCAGCCAGGAAUAAGACAGGUAGAGAAAAGAAUUCUAUUUUAUUUUUUGUGCGAUGCUUGGACGCCAAAACUUUGUUUUUCAUGAUGAAGGCAAGCUACAGGUGUACGUACAUUGUGCACUGAACUGCUGACAUCUUGCGAGGUUACUGAAAUAAACGCAGGAAACGAUUGCUCAUUUUGUCGCCAAACUACCUAGAAAUGUGUCUGCGUGCUCAAAGUUAUGCUCACAUUCAUUGCGACGAGAAAUACAACACGCAUUCAUUAUAGAAAUAUUUCACAAUUUAGCUGGGAUUUCAUUAAAGUCUGUCAACAGAGAAAAGUGAAGAAGUCAUAAGACGAAACAAGUUUUGUGAAUUCGCCUAGAUAAAAUGUGUGUUGGAAGUGGAUCUCCAUUAGAUUUUUCUUUUCUCUGUUGACAUAAUGUUUAGUAACAUUUUCUUGGCUUCAACGAACAAAAUCUCGCAGUCUCACUAAGGUCUUGUUUUAGUUAAAUGUGGAUUUUAUUCAUCAUCUCAUUCUUCUUUACUUUACCAUAACAGAACCCGAAUUGAGCAUGUGCAGCCAGCGAAUAUUUCAAGAUCUUGCAGAUAGUCGAUAUUGAGCUUAUUUGUCUGUGUUGCUUAUGUUUUUCUGUUAUUUGCUGUUUAGAUCACACGAAUGAACGCGGAAUUUGAACAGAAGCUCUUGGAGCUUAAGAGCGAGUUGGAAACUCAGCGACUUCAGCAGGUGGGAACCAUGAAGAGUGUUUUGGAAAGACAACACUCCAACGACUUGAUCGAACUAGAUGACAUUCAUCAACAACAGAUGGACGGCUUGAGAGAUGGUAAGCGAUAUAAGAUUCCAAAUUUCCUUGUCGUUCUUCCUUCAUAAUCCCAGCUAGCAUUUUCAUUUCUAAACGCCUGCAUGUUUCAAGUAGAACUCCUUUGAAUCAGUAUCUUAGACGGCCUGAACAAAUUUGGAAAAUUUUUAGGACAUUUUUAACCUCCCUAAUACGGACGCGAAAGGGACACUGUCAAGGGUCCUAAUUACACAGGUGUCCGUAUCAUGUAGCAUUUUUGGGACCAAGCGAACUGUAAGUUGUAGUGAGAUGUCGACCAGGGCCCAGUUGUUCGAAGGCCGAUUAGAGCUUAACCUGGGGUUACAUUUAACCGAGGUUUUUCUUUCGUUCAAAAGCACUUUCUCGGAUAAUUUUCUCUGUUAUUUUUAGUGCUUCCAAUCAUCAACUUGUAGAAAAAAAGAAUUUAAACUGAAAUGCUUUUUAAGCUUUCAAAUCUGAAUUCAAAUCUCGCACUAAUCCUGGGUUAUCUUAACCCAGCUUUGAACAACUCGGCCCAGGUGUCCAUAUUAUAGAGGUGGGUCAGAGACGGCUAUGUUGCGGAGGAAGGGAUUGUUUGAAAUUAAGUAGAGGUACCUGCAUUGUAUGACGAAAAUCUAAGUCUAGUUCAGGCAGUUUCACCAAGGUCCCGUGUACAUUUAGAAAACCUGUUCCAGAUAGAAGGGUCUCUCGCCUACCCUAGUUACCCUGUGCGAGCCAACUUUUCUUAUAUUUCCUUAAAAAACUUUGGGAACCAUUUACAUUUCAAACAAAAAAUUAGCUCAACUAGAAGGGUAAACCCACCUAGCCAGGUUAGCUGUUGGCUUGAGAAAGGGAUUUCGCGUUUUACGCGACUGUGUUAUCCAGCCGGCAUUUGCAAAAAUGUGUUUGUGAAUUAUCGACUUUCCUAAUUUGCGUAUCUCCUAAUGGUCUUUAAUUCCUUGAGGCAAUUAAUUUAUUAUUUCUUGGUUUUACCCUAUUUUCAAGUUUAAAUGAAAUAAAAAAGAGGGUCAAUAAUUUGAGGAAAAACCUUUCAUAAAAUGUUGGCUUCCAUAGACAAAAAGUUCGUGAUUUAAAUCCAAAACUAAAGGAAGUCAGUUUAUACUUAGUCGCAUACUCCAUCAAAACAUCUGGUUCCAUAGAAACGUAAAAGCUCAAUUUUACAUGAUAAAAACAACAUCGGCUAUGCAUUAUAGUUUUGGAUUACGCCUCGAUAAACGGUUAACGAAAUCGAUAACCGGGGAUUGAAAGCACUACUUUUGCAGAGUUCUCUCUACAAGGCUUUAAUUUUUCAUUGUAAGUUCCGAUUAUCUCCUUCAAGGAUGAAUGGAGAUUUUCUCAGAGUCUGUUAUCAGUGUUGGUUUGUGUGAAUGUCUUUGUAAUGAGCUGUCUUUACAUUUUACGCGCACCACCGCGAACGUGCUUGGAGCUGCGUGUUAUAGACCUCUUUAGCUUGUUUAUUUUGUUUUCCCAAAGUAGGUCGUGUGAUAACACUCCUGAGAACUGUUUCUUUCAACAAAUUUUGUCUUAUUCACGUGUACGUGUACGCAGAAUUUAUCAAAAGACAAAAGGCCAAGCUGAACCCCUGAGACCUUUAUUGGGAAAACAAAACGUACAAGCUAAAGAUGUCUAUUGACUUAAGGCUUAGUCAUAUUUGUCCUUCCAUGUGUGGAGUAGUAAACCUCGGUGAAAAACUUAAACCUUGCUCCAAAGGACAACUUCACAAUUUUUUUUCAAAGUUACUCCUUUUCACAGUACAUUCUGGUUGUGUUUUUUGUUCUUUCUCAGAUUUAAGCGAUCGUCAUCGCGAAGUCAUGGGUGCCGUGAAAUCACAGCUUGAAUCUUCCCAUCAAGAAGAGUUGAACGAACUCACCGCCAGCUUUCUGGCAGACAGUGCCAUCAAGGUCGAGUCUGCCCGUUUGGAAACUGAACACGAGUGGCAAGAAAAACUGGAUUCAGUGAAGCAAAAACACGAGGAGGAUGUCCAGGCUUUAAACGAAAAACUGUCGCAAGUGAGUAGGAAUUAAUGUUUUCGGAAAGUAAAUACAGUGGAAUCUACAUGUGCGACCACCUCUUGUAAGCGACAACCUAUCCAAAACACCAAAAUUCUCCCACUUAAAGCUCUGUAGUACGAACCUCUCGUAAACGAUCACCUCUUACAAGCAUCCUCGACCACGUUUUGUCCUUAUAGUAUUAUGGUUUUCUAUAGUUUUUAACCACUUGUAAGCGACCACUUGACUCAAGGUGCGGUCCUUCUGUUUGCUGUUUGUACCAUAUUACUAAUACACGAAACUCCCGUGUCGUUUUAGCGUCGACGAAUUAGACGCUUCUUAAAUUGAGUCGUUGGCUUUUCUGUGUGUUCGAGGGCGGCCUGUGCAUGUUUCAAGAGCGAAAACAGGUUGUCGGUGUGUCGGUUCCAAAUCUGCGCCAUCUUGAAUUGUCACAAUAGCAUCCGGCAUGCGGAGCGUACCAUGCGCUAUUUUAAAACGUCACAAUAAAAUGUUUGCGUCACAAAAGUAUCCAUCAUGCACAUCGCGUUCCCAUUCCCAGCGCGUUUCGCAACCUUUGGAUCUUUGCUUCCACAAUCUUUCCUUUUCUAAAUCUUUCGUACAUCAAAGGCUGAUCAGGGAAGUUUUUCAUGAUUCCUGAAGCUUUUGUGAUGCCUGCUGUCCAAACGGCAUAUUAUUUCAUUUUGCUGCAUGCACAAAUCUGGUGCCUAAGACCCUAAGGUGACGCACUAUAAUCUACGAUUACUGCUAGUCCUUCAGACUAUUCUCUAUGUAUUGCAUGUCUCAACGAAGCUAUGUUUGCUUAUUACAACAAGUGAAUUGAUAAGGUUGUAUCCUCUUUUGGUUUAUUACAGACACCGGAUCAAAACUGCCCACAUACCCCUCCCCUAACCCUACAUUUUGCCUUAAGUGAGCAGUAAGUGUCAGACGCCUUUUAAGAAUAUUAGGGAGUUUAGGCAACGACAUUUUUAAGCGACGCACGUCAACCGGAAGUGAUGGUCUAACGACACUGAGUACUACAAAUUUGGAAGCCUUACGACAUAUUACACGAGAAAAAGGCUCACUUCCGGUCGACAUGCGUCGCUCAAAAACGGCGCUGCUUUAACUCCCUAAUUAGAAUAGCAAAAAGUCAAUGAAUCCCAAUCUGCAGUGGCAGAAAAGAAGCUGUGUCCGUCAUUCAGUGCUCCCUUGCUUGUAAACAUUGCAUUGGAUAUCAUCACACGUUAAUGAACUCUUUUAAUAAUUAGUAAACGUCUUGUUUAAUUGUCAUACAUUAAAAUGCGUCUUUUUUUUAGUACGAAAAGGAAAUGGAUGAACUUAAAGAAAAGCAUGAAUACGAACUGAACGAAAAGCUUUCACAACAAGAAGAACAGUUUGAGGAAAGACUGGAAAAAGAGCUUCAUGAAGUGAAAAAGAAACAGCAAGAACACUUCGCAGAUGUCGCGCAGCAAAGCGAAACGGCUGCAAAUGAAGCCCACAUGAACGAACUGAAUGCUUUGAGAAACAAACUCAUGGAAGAAUUCCGAGAUAAACUGGAAGAGGUGGAACAAAAUCUCGCCGAACAACACGCUCAAGAGCUGGAAGAUCUACGGAAUGAGCUCGAGCAGGAACAAGCUGAAGUCACCAGCGCGGCGUUGGAGGACUUAGGAAAGAAGCACGCUGAAGACGUUGAGUUUUUGAGGGGAGAACAAGAGCAGCUGCUAGAGCAAGCCGCGGAAACGAGAAGACGCCUGGAAAAGAUGCACGAGGAAGAAAUUCAGGAGAUAAACGAGCAAGUGAAACGAGAACACGAGAAACUGACGCGCAUGAGAGAGGACUUGGAAGGAACCUACGACCAUACCGCUAAAGAGCAUGCGCAGCAACUGGAAGGCAUGCGGGCUCAGAUGGAUAAACAACUUGCUACGGAGAAGGAAAAACACUUAACAGAACUUGAAAGUCUGAAAAAGGAUUUUGAGAAGACUCUUGCGGAAGGUGAUCAAACUCACGUCGAGGAGGUGGAAAGACUCAGGUCUACAAUGGAGCAAGAGAAGAUGGAGAAAGAAUUGGAGCACGUACGAGAGCUAGAAAAAUUAGCUGAAGACAUGGAGAGAAG